GUAUACGAUUCUGGAGAUUCCUGCUUGCAUUACAGCGUGUUAUUAUCUCGACUCUGGAAAUCCGAUUUAGUAACAUCUAUUCCAGGAAAUAGUACGCCUGUUGACUGAUUUGAACGAUCACUAAAUUUGGAAUUUCCAACAUGCCCUCGUGCAUUAUAAAGGGAUGUACCCACACCUGGAAAAACAAAGAUAAAAAUAUCAUAAUGCAUGUGUUUCCAAAAGAUCCCAGAAUAGUCCGGAAAUGGCUUGAGCAGGCUCCUGACCAUUUUCCAAACGUGGACGAAUGGCUUGAAAAAAUCUUGGAAACACAAAAAAAAAAUGAUAAUUAUCGAUUGUGCUCAAAGCACUUUGACUAUUUUUCAUAUGAGGAAGGAGGAUUGCGUAAAAAAUUACGUCGUGAUGCUGUGCCCACCAUUUUCCCACCAAAAAUUAGCAGCACCCUGGAUUCAUCGGAUGCAACUACUGAGACGGAAAGUCAGACAACUUCGGAAUCAUUGGAUAGUUCAGAAUCGCGCUCCGCUACUCCGUUAGGAGAUGUUUCCGGAGAACUCGUUGGAGAAACUAAAAGUUCCGAUGGAACAUUGCCAACAAUAGCAGCUACCCCAUGUGUCAAAAGAAAACAAAAAAGAAGAAGGGUAUCAGAACAUCCAAACACACAAGUUGUGUCACAUCCGGUUGGUUCAAGUGGGAAUGUCGUUCUACACGGUGAAAUUAAUCUCCUGGGAAGCACGAUCCAACUUCACCUGCCAAUUACUGCAACUGUUACAGACACCAAUGUUUUACUUCCUAAUUAUAGCUUGCCAACCAUGGUUGAUCAGUCAACAAAUACAGACUUAUAUUGGUCUAAGGAUCAUAAGACAUUUGUCCUUGAUACGAGUUAUGUUUCAAAAGUCAAUAUUGGUAUCCAGACCAAAAAAAUAAGAUAUCGUCAACGAGGAACACAAUGUUGUCUAUUGAAGGACCGUCUGAACGAAGAUGAAGGUUCAGAUAAUGGCCAAAUAGACCUGUUAGAAGAAGAAAUUGAACCAUCCAAGCAUUCUGACUAUGAUAAUAUACAAUUCAGUGAAGACAUUGAGAUGUCACAAAGUUUAUUUUAUUCAACACCAUUGAGCGCUGCCAAACUGUGCAGCAGAUUAGAAAUAAACGAACUGUCACCUUUGAAGAAAACAAACAUUAGAGAUUGUCAUACAAUUCAACUUACAAGUAUAAAUUUAUUGGAAGAAGAAAAUUAUGCUAUAGAAGAAGAACCUGAUUUAUCGCCUGGGGUAAUUAUGGAAUCUGAUGAAGAGGAAGACGAAGAUUUAUCUACAUUCCUAGAAGACCGGCAACCUACUCUUGUCUAG